GCGGUCUCCGCUGCAAUCGCCCGCAGCCGUAGUGCUGAGCGCGGGCGGCGGUACAUGGCCCCGACGGGAGGCGCGCUGCCCGCACCUGGAGCCACCUCGGCCCCGCGCGUCCUCUCCCGUCCGGCCUCCGUCCCGCGGACAUGACCGCGUAGCCUCCUCCUGGGCUGGGAUUGGCUGGAAAGUCCUCUUCAUGGAAGCGAUGUCCCCCCAGCAGGAGACUCUAGGGGGGCAGCCGGGGCGCUCCUCUUCCCUGACCGGAGUGUCUCGGAUCGCGGGCGGCCCCGGCACCAAGAAGAAAAUGAAAACACUAGCAGAAAGGAGGAGGAGUGCUCCAUCUCUUAUCCUGGAUAAAGCCCUGCAAAAACGACCUAGUACCAAAGAAAGUCCUACUGCUAGUGUGGACACGUGUGCAUUUUUGUCAUCAUUUGAAUGCUCCAAUAGGACUCUGCUAAUUGAUGGUCGGGUAGAACUCAAAAGAGGCCUGCAGAGGCAGGAGAGAUAUCUUUUCCUUUUCAACGAUCUGUUUGUUGUGGCCAAAGUCAAACAUAACAACAACUUUAAGAUAAAAAAUAAAAUUAAAUUAAGUGACAUGUGGACAGCAAGCUGUGUGGAUGAAGUGGAAGAAGGAAACACAAAUGCCGUGAAAUCCUUUGUCUUAGGCUGGCCCACAGUGAACUUCGUGGCUACGUUCAGUUCUCAAGAACAGAAGGACAGAUGGCUCUCUCUCCUUCAAAGAUACAUCAAUCUAGAGAAAGAGAAGGACUACCCGAAGAGCAUUCCCCUCAAAGUCUUCGCCAAGGACAUUGGGAAUUGUGCCUAUUCUAAAACUAUAAUAGUAACGAAUUCAGAUACAGCAAAUGAAGUUAUCAACAAGUCACUACCAAUGCUAGGGAUAAAUGGCUCAGAAAAAGACUACCAGUUAUGGGUCAAUUCUGGCAGAGAAGAGGCACCAUACCCUCUUAUUGGGCAUGAAUAUCCCUAUGGAAUUAAAAUGAGCCAUCUUCGAGACAGCGCACUUCUGACGCAGGGAUCAAAGGACUCCCCCACACCUUCCAGCCUCCAGGAGGCCUUCCUCAUGGAGCAGCUGCCCCGAGAGAUGCAGUGCCAGUUCAUCCUGAAGCCCAGCCGCCUGGCUGUGGCCCAGCAACUGAGUGAUUCAGGUCAGAAGACAUUUAAAAGGAGAAGAUCCAUCAUAAACUGGACCUUUUGGCGGGGUUCUAGCACUCAGGUGGAUACCUUGCCCAUGUCACCAACAUCGCCAGUGCCAGGUCAGCUGUUCGGGACUUCUCUGCAGAAUAUUUGUGAGAACGACAAUCUGCCCAGACCUGUCUUGGAUAUGCUUUCCCUUCUUAAUCAGAAAGGACCCCUCACAAAAGGCAUCUUUAGACAGUCAGCUAAUGUGAAAUCCUGCAGAGAGCUGAAAGAGAAACUGAAUUCGGGAGUUGAAGUACAACUAGACUGUGAAUCUAUUUUCGUGAUAGCAUCUGUCUUAAAGGAUUUUCUACGAAAUAUCCCAGGAAGUAUUUUUUCAUCAGAUCUCUAUGAUCAUUGGGUCUGUGUCAUGGAUCAAGGAAAUGAUGAAGAGAAAAUAAAUGCAGUUCAAAGGCUAUUAGACCAACUUCCGAGAGCCAAUGUUACUCUCCUGAGAUAUCUUUUUGGUGUUUUACACAACAUUGAGCAGCAGUCCUCAUCCAAUCAGAUGACUGCAUUUAAUUUAGCGGUGUGCAUUGCUCCGAGCAUUCUUUGUCCUCCUGCUUCGGCCAGCCCAGAACAAGAAGGCGAAUUUACAAAAAAGAUUUCUCUGCUUAUACAAUUUCUGAUUGAAAAUUGCUGUAGGAUAUUUGGAGAAGAAAUCACUUCCCUCCUGGGAGAAGUUUCAGUGAGACGCGAUCCUAGAGAGAACGCCUCAGAUACCUCUUGCUUCCAGCUGAACGACUCCUCCUAUGACAGCUUGGAAAACGAGCUGAAUGAGGAUGUUGAUGCUCCGUGCAGCGACCUGGUGAAGAACCUUGGCCAGGGUAGCAGAAGCAUGGACUCCGUGCUGACCCUCAGUGACUAUGACCUCGACCAGCCUGAGGGGGAAGGCCUCUUAGCCCUGGGCGACUUUGACUUAGAGCGUUCUAAAGAUGGAGACAUCCGAGUGGAGCAGCCUCUCGAAUCCAAGCCCGUGACUGUGGUAGUGUACAGGGUCCCACGGCAGGAUCCUGCCGGGGCCCCCACCAGCCUGAGCACGCCCAGCCACCCGUCCACUGCCCCAGGUGCUCCAAAGGGCCUGAGGCGACAACGGCGCUGCUCGGAGCCCAGCAUUGACUAUCUAGACUCAAAGCUUUCCUAUCUCAGGGAGUUUUAUCAGAAAAAGCUGCGCAAGUCCAGCUGUGAUGCAAUUCUCUCAAAAAAAGAUGAGAACCAUGUGAAUCAGAAUCGACCCCUCCAGGAAGAGGGUGAGACACAUUUUAAACCAAGUUUAGUCACAGGCACUAAUACCAAGAAGAAUGCCACUAAUAAAAAUAUUAAGAAGAAAAGCUUGUCCGAUAAUGAAGGAAAUCACAUGAAACUUUUUCCUAAAUCCAAGCCCGUGGCCAUCUCCGUGGCAUCUUAUAGUCACAUCUCCUCCUCAUGCGAUCAUCCCAGGGACCAGCCCUUUAAUACAGAUACAUCUGGCUACUCCCCGCUGCACACAGCAGAUGCCCUCAAGAGUUCCAGGAGGCACCGGCGCUGCUCAGAGCCCAGCAUCAAUGACCAGCACUGCAGACUGACCUAUCUCAGGGGGAUUUGUUCAAAGAAACAACACAAAGCCAGCUGUGAAGCCAGUCUCUUGCAUGGAGAGGACGAUUAUCUCAAGCGGCACAAGUCUUUGCAAAUGGAAGGGCAGAAGCUUAUUAAUCAGAGUUUGGUCAUGGGCAUCGAGGUGGGCAAGAGUAGUGCCACAAACCAAAACAAUGAGAAGGUCGUACCCCCCAGGUUAAACAUUUGCCCAAGGACUAGCUAUUCCAGCUUGUCCUCUCCAGCCACCUCCCCGUCUGGCUCAUCCGUGAGCUCCCAAGAUAGUGCUUUUUCACAGAUUUCUGAACACUCCGUGUUUACACCAACUGAAACUUCCUCUCCAAUAGAUUGCACUUUUCAGGCUCAAAGAAAAGAGGAAGAGCUCUCUUCUGACUUUAGUUAUAGCCUCAUUUCUGGACUCCCUGGUCCCUCCUCAGAGCAGGCCACCAGCCACCUGGCUCAUACUAAGAAGGACAGUGUUGAGUGGCAGUCACAGAAGCGCUCUGUAACUCUUCACCCCAGCACGUGGUUGAGAAGUGGGCUAGCCAGUUUGAAAAACUGGUCCCUCAAAAAGAAGACAAAGGCACCCAGGCCAGAGGAAAAUAACAUAAAUUCUCUAAAAGGUCCCAUGGAACCACCUCCGCAUGGUUCUGGCGUCCCAGAAGCCAGUGCAGUGCAAGAGAGCCAGAAAGACACCCCCCUAGCGGCCGCUGAAGGACUUGGAGCUAUGCAGGCAGCCCAGUGUUGCAGUUCUCACCCCAGCCAGGACUCAGAGAAACGUGCUAGCUCUCCAUUCAGCCUGGUGGAAGAUAGACUCGAGCUUUGUAUGGGGUCACCCAAGGACGGAGAGAAUAGUGGGCAGUAUCCUCCUGGUACUCUGCCUCCUGAACCACCCUCACCCAGCUCCUUGACUGUGCAUGAUGGGUCCAGCCCAGACUCAGGGCCUGCAGUGGUUUAUGAUGUGGAGGACGAACCUUUAACCAAAGACAUUCAACAGCAGUAAGACUUGAUGUCUACAAGCACACAACCUGGGCCAGUAAUGGUAUAAAGAUAAUAAUUAUUACAUCCCCUUGUCUAAAAUGCCUGAGAUGGGUAGCAUAAGGAUGAUCAUUGCUAAUACUUAGGACAACAAAAGCAUUCUCUUCAUUAGACUAUUUGGCAAAAAGUUUAGACUAAAAUAUUUUGUCACCUAAAUGUUCGGGAGACUUUUCCUUACUAGAGCAUGAUUUGAUCCCGUCACGCAUUUUAGGAAAUCCAAGCAGAAAUCAUCUUCUGUAGAGGAAACAUGCCUUAUACGGUGAGACCAGUGUCACAAGAAGGCCAGAAGAACAAGAACUGUGGAGAAGAAGGAAGGGUACAGAGAAACUAUCCACAUUAAUAAGUAGGCAAGAAAAAUUCCACUUAUCAAAGCAUUAGGAAGGAAAGCCUUCUGAUAUCAUGUGAACCUUUUCCCUGAAUCCAAGCCAGUGGCCAUUUCUGUGACAUCUUACAGUCUGUCACCUGCCUUCCCAGGAUCAUUUCAGGUAUCAGCCUGUUGGUGCAGCUAAGUGGAAAGAACCAGAGUGAUAAAGAACCAAGAGUAUCAUACCAUAGGUUUUUUCGUUGGUUGUGUUGGUCGAUUCAUUUUUCCACUAGUGUUUCCUUGCUCUGUGGCGGCUCAAGGGACACAACUCUGCAGAGCAAGGAAAAACACUAGUGGAAAAACCAAUCAGCUGGUUGUGUUGGUUGAUUGGUUUUUCCAUCAGUGUUUCCUUGCUCUGUGGAGGCUCGAGGGACACAACUCUGCAGAGCAAGGAAAAACACUAGUGGAAAAGCUAAUCGGCUGGUUGUGUUGGUUGAUUGGCUUUUCCAUCAGUGUUUCCUUGCUCUGUGGAGGCUCGAGGGACACAACUCUGCAGAGCAAGGAAAAACACUAGUGGAAAAACCAAUCAGCUGGUUGUGUUGGUUGAUUGGUUUUUCCAUUAGUGUUUCCUUGCUCUCUGGGGGCUUGAGGGGCACAACUCUGCAGAGCAAGGAAAAACACUAGUGGAAACACCAAUCAGCUUGUUAUGUUAGUUGAUUGGUUUUUCCAUCAGAGUUUCCUUGCUCUGUGGAGGCUUGAGGGACACAACUCUGCAGAGCAAGGAAAAACACUAGUGGAAAAACCAAUCAGCUGGUUGUGUUGGUUGAUUGGUUUUUUCAUUAGUGUUUCCUUGCUCUGAGGAGGCUUUGGGAGCAAGGAAACACUAGUGGAAAAGUGAAUCAACCAACACAACCAACCAAAAAAACUAUGAUAUGAUACCCUCUUCCUCAGAGGAGACAGCAGGAAAAUGGUUGUUCAUUUCAGUAUCCUUUCCACAGGUGCUUGAGCUAGAAACACUCUCCAGAACUGCAUUUUUUCCUAUUAGAAGGUGACCUUCUGACCUCAUUUGCUAUCUUAGUGUGGAGGAAAAGAUAGCCAUAGCAUGGCCAACAUGUGGCCAAAGGGUGGCUCCUCUUUGCUGAAAUGUUCUUCCACCCUUUGCCUCUUAGCCAGAAAAAACGAAUGGUAAACCAUUCCUUUUCUAAUUGUCAUUUGGCACUUGAGAGAGCAGUUUUGAGGCUGGCAGGUUGUAGAGUCACAGAAGAGCCACCAGAGUGGCUGACAGGCCUUUUUUCAAAUAGUCUUUGGCUUUGGAUUUCUUUUCUUGCAUAAGGUUUUGCAUAGCUCUGCCCUAAACGAUUCAUGAUCUAGACCCCAUUGCUUUCCUUCAUGUCUGUGGACAUUUCUCCUCUUGCCUUGAAGGUGACACCAGGACAUCUCUGGAUUAUCUCUGUGGAUUGUUGGGCUUCGCUGGCCCGUAGGAAGGGAUAGAGUCAGGAAUACAUGUGCCUCUUGCUUCACUUUAAAUACUUCCAAGAAGUUGCUUAGAACCCAUUUGGUCUUUUUAGUUCAACAUGAGAUGGACCUUUCUCCCACAAACCUAUUUAUUCCAAAUGAUUUUUCUUAGCCACCCAGAAACUUUCAUGUCAAAUGUUUCCUGUUGUCCUAAAGGUUGUGUUUUUCAUUUAUAGAAAAAAGAUAAUGUUUCCUCUAAGACAGAAGAAGUUAUUUCAGUAUUAGCUACAGGUGCUACCUACCUCUAGGGAACAUGGCCCUGUUUCUCCUAAGCAUCAUAGUUAACUUUGGACUCUGUUCACAGAGCUCCUUCAUGACACUGGCCAUCUCAGUCACAGGUGUAAAGUAGAUUGUACCUUAUAAUGAACCACUCCCAUAUUUAGACUCCUAAGUGUCCACAUGCACCUUCUGUGGUGUAAUAUAUAAAGGCAGCAGGGAUUCCCCUCACCCUUAGGGCAUACUACUGUCAGAACUACAAGAUGUGAAUGAAGCCCUCAUGGCUUGGAGUGUCUUUAUAGAAGAAGUUGCUUCUCUACUUAACAAAAUAACAUUUCUAGCCUUUUUUCUUUCAUAUUGGCAAGUAGAAAAUUGUCCACCCAGUUUGAAGUAUAGAAGAAAAAUAGAUGCUGAAGUUCUUCAGUAACCACUCCUAGUCUCUGUGUUCCCUUAGAUACUCCUGUACCAUUUAAUGUGAAUAGCUAAUAUUGCUGUAAAGUAUUAAUAUUGUAUGAUUUGAAGACAGACUACGUGUCAUUUUAUUAUACUCUGUCAAUCUAUAAUAUAUUAGACUGAUGCUCUAUCUAAAAUGCUUUGAGUUUGUAUAAUAAUAUAUCUUGACAAAUUUUACUAGCAUAUGUUAUGUAAUAGAUGUGUAUUUUUGUACUUGCAGAAACUGCUGCUAACUUUUAAAGUUGUUUGGUUUUCAAGGCACUGAUAAUGGAUAUGUAUGAAGUCCAUGCUGUCUAUUAAAUAAAACACCAUCCUCAGAGUUUAACAGUCCCACCAGAGUAAUAUUGCCCUUUGUAAACUUGUUUCAGCUAAUGAGCCCAAUUUCUACUUAACCGCUUAAUUGGAAAUUUCAUAAAAUGUAAUUAAUAUUGAUUUGAAACUUUGAACUCUAAGUCAUAGUCAUGGUCAGUCUCUAGAAAAAAAAAAAGGUUUUUUCCUUUAUAUUUUUCUAAUCUCAUUGUUUACCAACAAGUUAUGCUUUAGACACAAAGUCUUCAUUUUUCUUUGUUAUUAUAUUUAUACUAUGCUUCUAGAAUCAGAUACAUGUUUAGUCUAUAUUCUCAUAUCAAAGAACCAUCAACUCAGUUUAACUGUAUGAGAUUUUCUUGUCUAAAUUUGAACCACUCUGACCAGAGUGUGCAGUUAACCACAGACACAUCCAGACAUCCAAGGAUGCCUGGAUCCAGAUGCUACAAGACAUCAGUACUUCUAAAGUCAUAUAAAGUUAUUAAAUAUUCUGGUUUCUCAUUUUGCCUUCUCACAGUUCAAAGAUGUUCACUUUAUGUAAGUUUAAGCACCAUUUCAAAAAGAUUCAAAAAAAUACCCUAACUUAAUCCAGAAAAAAAAGAGUGAUCUGCUUUGAGCAGUAAAGACCUAAAUAUUAAAAAAAAAAAAAAAAAAAAACAACGAAAGUAAUUUUUGCUUUUAAAGAAGAGUGUUAAUCUACUAAAAACAUUGGAUUCAAUAAAUUAUCUCACAUUGUAUUUUUCUACUUUUCAUGGUGUGACCUUGAAUUGAAAGGGUCUAAUGUAUCCUUGAACCAAUGGCAUAUUUUGUCUGUUGAAAAGAAACUAAGAAUAUUAUGUAUCUUAAUCCAAAUUAUGGUAGUAAAUGUUUAACUGAUUUUUUUCCUACCUGGUCAUGUUUUAAUGACUUGAAAGUCUGCAAACUGUUUAUUUCAAUACAAAAGAAAAAAAAUUGAAUAAUAAAGCUGAGUAAAAUUAA